AUGACAAGUUCAGACAAAUUAUUGCCCAUAAACAACAAUAACAAUGCAAAACUUCAAUCAAUUGACACUGACAUUCCUCAAACGGUAACAACGCAAUCAAAAACAUCGAGUUCACACAGGAGCACAAGAAAAUUCACAUGGAUUAGGUAUGCUGUUAUUAUCACUGUUUCGAUCAUGAUAGGGUUUGUGAUCUCUACAAUUAUUCAUACAAGAAACCAAAUCAAUACAAUAACAACGACAGAAAUAUCAGAACAGAAUCAUUCGUCGACUGAUAUUCCUCUUAAUAAAAUAUGGAACCAACAUGGAAGUAUUAUUGCUGGAGGUAAUGGAAAAGGAAACGGAUCAAAUCAACUUAGUGCACCUUCGGGAAUUUGUGUUGAUACAGAUGAUCAAACAGUUUAUAUUGCUGACACUGGCAACGAUCGUAUUAUUAAAUGGGAGUAUAAUGCAACGUAUGGUAAAGUUGUUGCUGGUGGAAACAGAAAAGGAAAUCAAAUUGAUCAGUUGAAUGGACCAAAAGUUGUGAUUAUUGACAAGAAUGAUGAUUCUCUUGUCAUUUGUGAUUACGGAAACAAACGAAUAGUCCGAUGGCCUCGUGAAAAUGGUGCAGUUGGACAAACAAUUAUUGACGAUAUUAGUUGUACCGGUUUGGCAAUAGAUAAUAACGGAGAUCUUUAUGUGUCUGAUGAUAAAUACCAUACAGUAAGACGAUGGAAAAAAGGAGAGAUAAAUGGAACAAUUGUAGCAGGUAAAAAUGGACAAGGAGUUGAUCUGAAUCAACUUAAUUCUCCUAAUACUAUCUUCGUCGAUCAAAACUAUUCAAUCUAUGUAUCCGACACACGCAAUAAUCGUGUGAUGAAAUGGAUGAAAAGUGCAGCAGAAGGUAUUGUUGUUGCUGGUCGAUACGAUAAAGAGAACGAUCUUGCAGAAUUAUCAUCUCCUGUUGGAAUGACUGUCGAUCAUUUCGGUAAUAUUUAUGUAGUUGACGCACGAAAUCGUCGAAUAAUGUAUUGGUCACCAUAUGCAACAGAAGGUAAGAUUGCUGUUGCUGCAAAUGAAAAAGAAGCACACUCAAAACAUCUUAGUAAUCCUUUUGGUUUAGCAUUGGAUCGACAAUAUAAUCUUUAUGUGAGCGAUUUUUGGAAUGAUCGAGUACAAAAAUUUUGUAUUGUUUCAGAUGGAAACUAA